AUGGAUAGAAACAUUCUUGAUGCUGCUAGUGGUGGAGCACUUGUCGAUAAAACUCCAAUUGCUGCUAAAGCCCUGAUUGAGAACAAGUCACUCAACUCCCAACAAUUCACAACUAGAAAUAAUUCUAUGGUCCAAACAAAAAUUGUGAAUGACAUUCAGGUUUCCUCUUCCAACAAGGCUUUAGAAACCAGAAUUGAAGAGCUUACUUCUUUAGUGAAACAAAUGGCAGUGAGUAAACCUCAAACAACAAAGUUGUAUGGUAUUUGUACUUCUACUGAACAUCCAACUGACACAUGUCCUAUUCUUCAAGAUGAUUCGGUCACUCAGUUGCCUCAAGCAUAUGCAAAUAACUUUUUCAACCAAAGCAACAAUCAGAGAGGAUUCCAGUAUUCAGACUUUGCAGACACAGAUUGGACAGCUUGCCACUUCGAUGAAUGCCAAACAGUUGUGAAUCCAAAAGGCUCUAAUGCUAAUGUGAGUGCAAUUUCCUUGAGAUCCGAGAAGGUAACAGAACCAGCCCCAAGAAAAAAUCAAAAAAUUCUUGAGGUAACACUUGAACCUUCUUCCGUUGUGAUAGAAACUGAACCCUCUGUUGUGGUAGAAACUGAAAAAGAAAAAGAGAAGGAGUAUGUGCCACCAGUUCCCUUCCCACAUAGAAUACUGAAAAAUAAAAGGACUGGUGAUGGAGACAAGGAGAAAGAGAUUUUAGAUGUGUUCAGAAAAGUGGCGGUAAACAUUAUGCUUCUUGAUGUUAUUAAGCAGGUUCCAAAAAAUGCAAAAUUUCUAAAAGACUUGUGCACAAGUAAGAAAAGGUUGAAGGGAAAUGAGAGAGUAAAUUUGGGACGAAACAUUUCAGCCCUUAUCCAGCCUAAACAUUCACUUGAAAAAGCUACCGUUUCAUCCCUCAAUCAGGCCAUACCCCAAAAGUGCAAGGAUCCAAGAACUUUUUCUAUUCCAUGUACCAUUGGGGAUACAUACAGAUUUCUACAUUCUGGACAUGUAUGGAGAAACAAAUUCAAGCAGAUCGCCCAUCAUUUUAGGCAGGCCAUUCAUGAAAACGGCGAAAACAAAAAUUGA